GUCAUGAUGGACCAUCUCAGCGAGGCAUGUCUGGGGAAGGAGAACUGCGAGCUGGUGGGCGGCCUGAACGACGCCAAGGGCCCGCCGGCCAAGAUGGCUCGACUGGAACAGAACGGAAGCCCGCUGGGACGUUCGCGCCUGGGCAGCACCGGCGCCAAACUCUCGGGAGUGAGCUUCAAACCUUCCUCACACCUUCUCAAGUUCUCGCACAAGAGGGGUAACCUGCUGCCCGUGUUCUGCGUGGUGGAACACUACGAGAACCCGAUCGAUUUUGAGUGCCGGGAGGAGCACGCCGAAUUUGUGCUGGUCAGGAAGGACAUGCUCUUCAACCAGCUGAUCGAGAUGGCUCUCCUCUCGCUGGGAUACUCGCACAGCUCCGCCGCCCAGGCUAAAGGAAUGAUCCAGGUGGGGAAGUGGAACCCCGUACCCCUGUCGUACGUGACGGACGCCCCUGACGCCACAGUGGCUGACAUGCUGCAGGACGUCUACCAUGUCAUAACGCUGAAGAUCCAGCUGCACAGUUGCCCCAAACUAGAGGACCUGCCGCCCGAACAGUGGACCCACUCGACGGUGAGAAACGCCCUUAAGGAGUUACUUAAAGAUAUGAACCAGAGCUCGCUGGCUAAAGAAUGCCCCCUGUCACAGAGCAUGAUCUCCUCCAUCGUGAACAGCACCUACUAUGCAAACGUCUCCGCGGCCAAGUGUCAGGAAUUUGGACGCUGGUAUAAACAUUUCAAGAAGACAAAAGACAUGAUAGUCGUGCGCCAACCCUCCCAGCUGGAGGGCUAUCUGGGGACGUGCGUCCUCCACGACAGCCCACGCGCCAACACAGUAGAAAUGGACAGUCUGUCUGACCUCUCUCCGCCCGGCACCAAUCACCUGAGCUUCAGUCAGCAGCCCAUCCCGGGCAGCACGGCCGAGCAGCCCCCGUCUCCCGUGCCCCUCACCCACAGCUCGCAGGCCCCGGGUCGCGCCCAGCUUCCCGGACUUCACCCCGGCCUGGUCUCCAGCCCCAUCAGCCCUCAGCUGGUCAACCAACAGAUCGUCAUGGCUCAGAUCCUGAACCAGCAGUACGCCGUCAACCGGCUCUUGGCGCAGCAGUCGCUGAACCAGCAGUACCUGAACCACCCGCCGGUCAGUCGGGCCCUGAGCAAACCCCUCGACCCCCAGGUGACCUCCAACACGGAAGUGUCCACCGAGAUCUACCAGUGGGUGAGGGACGAGCUGAAGAGGGCCGGGAUCUCGCAGGCCGUGUUCGCCCGCGUCGCCUUCAACAGGACGCAGGGUUUGCUUUCCGAGAUCCUCAGGAAAGAAGAAGACCCCAAAACGGCGUCUCAGUCGCUGCUGGUGAACCUGAGGGCCAUGCAGAACUUCCUGCAGCUACCCGAGGCCGAGAGAGACCGUAUCUAUCAGGAGGAGCGGGAGAGGAGUUUAACGGCGGCUUCCUCUAUGGGUCCGGCGCCCCUGAUCAGCACCCCGCCAUCACGUCCGGUCCAGAGCCAGAGCGUCGGAGGGAACCAGAUGCUGCUUUCCAGUUCGGAUCCCAGGAUCAGGAUCAGCUGCUUCUCCGACUCGCCUAGAAGAGAAGAAUGCAACAACAUCAGGCCGGAGGACUGGAACCCAAGGAUUCCUGUGGGGAUUUCUCCUGCAUCUCGGCUUCCCGCUCAGGUGAAGCCCUUACCGCUGGCGUCCGAGUGGAACGGCAAGCAGGAGAGCUCCAUCCUCAACAUCAGCUCGGCCAUCUACGACGAGAUCCAGCAGGAGAUGAAGAGGGCCAAGGUGUCGCAGGCCAUGUUCGCCAAGGUGGCCGCAUCCAAGAGUCAGGGCUGGCUGUGUGAGCUGUUACGUUGGAAGGAGGACCCGUCGCCGGAGAACCGGACGCUGUGGGAGAACCUGUCCAUGAUCCGCCGCUUCCUCAGUCUCCCACAGUUGGAGAGAGACGCCAUCUACGAACAGGAGAGCAGCGGGGGUCAGCAGCACCACCCGGAGCGGCCAACACACCUGCUGCACAUUCCCACCGAACCUCUGCAGCCGCAGGCUUACCCACCUCCAGUCUCCCAGCACCAGCCCGCUCUGGCUCUUCAUCACCCAUCGCAGCCUCUCAUCUCCCAGCAGCCUCAACCUCAGCAGCAGGCGGGUCCUCGCCUCCCGCCACGCCAACCCUCCACCGCGUCGCCCGCCGAGGCCGAAGACGAGUCCCACCAGGCUAAAGCGCGCCCCGGCGCCCGGAUCUCCAUGGAGGCUCUGGGUAUCCUGCAGAGCUUCCUGCAGGACGUGGGUCCGUACCCAGACGACGAGGCGGUUCACACGCUGUCGGCUCAGCUGGACCUGCCACGCCACACCAUCAUCAAGUUCUUCCAGAACCAGCGCUUCUGCGCCAGGCCCAUGGACGCACCGGGGGGCAUCGCCCUGCCCAACGCCAACGAUCAGGACGAGGUGGGCAUGACGGACUUCAAAGAGAGCGAGCUGCUCAAAGACUUAGACGAGUCCACGCAGACCACCAACAUCUUCGCCAUCAAGAUCGAGGAGCACAUGGGCACCGAGCGGGCGUGCCAGGCCGAACAAGAAGUGAAAGAUUAAAAAAAAAAAUGGACGGACAGCUAAAAAUCUAUAGUAGAACUGAAAGACUUGACACGGGACUGUGUAAUACAGAAGUAUUACUGUUUUUGUAUUAUUGUAUUAUUAAUUAUGUAAAAAAUUGCAUCAUUUAAAUAACCUGCACAACGAAACGUAAU